CGAGAAGAACGGGGCCAGGCAAGGCAUAGCAAUAUUCAUAUUUAGCAACAACAACAACAACAACCUUUAACGAAGAAUGAUUAUUUGGUUAUGUGACAAAAGAUGGAUGAAAUGUGUGCCACCACACAGACACGGAUGAAAACACUGGAAUGUGAUGUACAGGAUGUGGCCACGCUUCUCUGGAUGUAUGACAGAUGGUGAAGAAGGAGCAGGUCUCACUAAUCCAUCCUCCUCUACCCAUCCUUCUACUGGCUGUCUGAAUCCGAUAUUUUCUUGCCUAAAGUAUUAAAAUUCAAAAAAUAAUGUAGCAGAAAGCUUAGCCUUGGAGAUAUUUGACCUCUUUAACCCCGUCUUGCAUGGGUCUGGUGCAUUUCAAGUCUUCAUUUUAGAUGGGGCUCCUGAGCACGCCACUUAAGUUCACACUCAUUUGUAAAUUAUUAGACCAAUGUGCCGUGUUUGCCCCCAGACAGUGACCCCAGCUGUGCAAUCACUUCAACUUUCUGUUGUAUGUUUGAAGUGAUUUGAUUGACCAUCAGGAUGAACGGCUCUCUUUUAACCCCGCCCAGCCCACGGGCGGCAAACUCCUCUCCUCUACCUCCCUCCCCCUCCCCGUCUCCGUCCCCUCCAUCUCCCUCCAUGCUGCCUAUGUCCCCCCGGCCGCCUCCUCUCCCUCCUCUGGUGAGCCCUCAACCACAAGCUCACCAAUCCUCCCUGUCAGACACCCCCACACCUUCCCCCUCGCCCUGCCUGAGUUGGACCGAAUUCUGUGAGCUCCACGCCCGUGUUGCGGCCGGUGACUUUGCACGGCACUUUCGGGCUUUCCUCCUGGAGAACCCCCACUACUCCCCAGACUCGGCGGCUGCUUUCUGCCGACGCUUCACUGACCGCUUCGUCCGUCACUUCCAGAGCGAGCUGGAGGGGGCGCUCCCGCCGAGCUGUGCUUCUGAGAGGGACGACAUGGCGAGCUGGGCUCCCCAGUCAGACGCUACUUCCUUUGAAGAGGAAGCCGUCUCCCCUCUGUCGGUGUCCGGGGCUGCUGUCCUCCCGUGCCCCCCCACAAACACAACGCGGGCUUUAUCCAAGCCAGCACCGGCACGACUGGUGUUAGAGAGCCGCGGUGGUGACAGGUUCCAAGACUCCUACGCCCACACCCAAGUCCUGCCUCCAUCCUCAUCGUCGUCAUGCUGCUCCUCAGUGGGAGGCAACAACGGGAGGCGUGAGGAGCGGGGCGCCAUGAUGGCUCCUGGGAACGGGGAAGCUCCAGUGGAGGAGGAGGAGGACAGCUGGUUAGGGGUGGCGUCUGUUGGGGAAGAUGUGGAGCCAGAGGAGCAGGAGGCAGAGUUGGUGGAGGUGGACGGUGCAGACCCCUCCUACACUAUUCCACCUUCCUCGUCCUCUCCCCCGCCUGGCUCCAAAGGUAACAGUACGCCCAACUCCAAAAACAAACUGAAGAAGCGCUUUUCUCUGCGGAGUGUGGGCCGUAGUGUGCGGGGGAGCGUGCGGGGCAUCCUGCACUGGCGGAGCUCCUCCAGCGACUCGGCCCAGAGCCAGCUGCCCUCCAGCUACAGCUACACCAUGGGCGUGCAGGACGCCACGCUGGUGUCGAGCUCAAAGAGGAACUGUGGCACACAGCCUCCUACACCCACCUCCUCCAUGCCUGUUUCCCUCUCCAUGCCCCUCUCCCUUCCCCACUCCUCCUCCUCCUCGCUGCCGCCCUCAUCUUCAAGCAGCGCCACCUCUCUGUCUCUCUCUGAAGCGGCGAGGGAUCGGCGGCGGAGCAACGGCGAAGGAGGCGAGAAGGAAAAGUGGAGCCAUCGUCUUGAAAAGCUCAGACUGUCACGAUCUCCCCCCCCUGUCCUCACCCCGACCAACGCCGGCCCUCACUCCGGCUCCUCUACGCUGCCACCAAGCAGCGCCGCAGCAGCCGGCAUGGGCCCUCCGAGAAAGGUGGGCCGACUGGUGCGGGAGGGCGGGGUGAGCGUCAGUUCAUCCAAUGACGAGCUAAGCGGAAGCCAUGGCUUUUCAGGCUUCUCGUUCGGGCUUCUGCACCACGGUACGGACAACCACAACGCUGCCUCAGCUUCCUCUGCUGCAGCUCAGGGGGGGGUGCAGCCGCUGGCCAGCGGGGGUAACAUCCCAUGGAAAGGAGGGCGCUGGCACAAGUGUCGUCUGGUCCUCAAAGAGAGGGACCGGGAAGGGGGGGAGCGGGGAGAGGAGUACUACCUGGAAUUCUUCAUUCCACCUAAAUCGUCGAAGCCCCGGCUGACCGUCCCCUGCUGCUCCAUCGUGGAUGUGAGGAGCACCACGGCGCUGGAGGUCCCCGACAAGGAGAACACCUUCCUUCUGCAGCUGGAGGGCACGGCGCAGUACGUGAUCGAGACUCGUGACGCUGUGCAGAUGAGAGCCUGGCUCAGUGACAUCAGGAACGGCAUCUGUCUCAGUGAACAGGAGGAUGCUGAAGGUGUGAGUGUGGGGCCCCUGGACAUCAGUGGGACGCCUGACAUUGUCGACCGCCUCUCACAAGUUUGUUAUGGAGGAAUCGGAGGCUCCUCACCUCUGAUGGACCCUCUCCCCCCGGAGCUGCCACCUCGAGCGCCUCUCGACGAACCAGACAGCCGGAUUCUGGGCGGGGCCAGCCUGGGCACACCUUUUGCUGAGACGCCGGACGCCACAGGCUCCUUCCUGUUCUCAGAUGUGAUCGCUGCGGAGGCGGUGGAGCACCCGCUCAGCGAGUGUCAGUGGUUCCACGGCACGCUGUCCCGCCUCAAAGCGGCUCAGCUGGUGUUGGCGGGAGGACCGGCGAGCCACGGCGUCUUCCUGGUGCGGCAGAGCGAGACGCGGCGUGGAGAGUACGUCCUCACCUUUAACUUCCAGGGCAAGGCCAAGCACCUGCGCCUGUCCCUGAACGAGGACGGUCAGUGCCGUGUGCAGCACCUCUGGUUCCAGUCCAUCUUCGACAUGUUGGAGCACUUCCGGGUGCACCCCAUCCCCCUGGAGUCCGGCGGAGCCUCGGACGUCACGCUCAUCAGCUUUGUAGGGGCCACCGCUGUUCGCCAGCCAGACUUGACCAGCAGACCCCGUAGCCCCCCGCUGCCUCCUCCUCUGCCUCCGGGCCGCCCACCGCCACCGACUCCCCCUCAGGAGAGAGCCGAUGAGGCGGAGGCGGCGGCAGCGGGAGGAAGUGCAGCAGCAGCAACAGCAGCAGGAGGAGGAGGGGCACCGGCGGCAGCGACAACAGCAGGAGGAAGCGGAGGAAGUGGCGGCGCAAGUGGCGGCAGCGGAGGUGGAAGUGGGGGAGGAGUGGAGGACUGGGAGGAGCGGGACACUCCUCUCCGCCAGCUGGAAGCUGGGGAGGGCGAGGAGCGUGACGGAACGAGGGCGCCCCGAGCCAUCGAUAACCAGUACUCCUUCUUCUGAUGAAGGGAAGAGCAAGAGCGGGAGGAGGAGUAGGAGGAGGAGUGUGUGUACGUGCGUUUGUGUUUGUGCGUGAGCGAGCGUGAGAUUGGAUGAGGCGGCGUAAAUCAUAGCCAUUCAUAACCAGUAUUUUUAUUUUGUUAGCAAGGUUGGAGGCGAGGAGGAGGAGGAGAAGGAGGAUAUAAAAGUACUAACACUAAACGAGAGAGAGGGGAGACAAAGCAGACGGGAGAGACAGGCGGAAGCAGCUUCACAACACUAACUCGCGGUACACUUGUUUUUAUUGUUUGUUUUUUUGUAGUCUGAUAAGCUUUGAUUUCUGCCGGUACGAAUCGCAGCGGGCUCUCUCGCUGUGGAGCCAGCAGACCUGAUACCUCACGUCGGUCCUGCCAAGUCAAACCAGAGGCCAAACACACACUCACACACACAUCUGCACUGUGGCAGGUAGACCCAAAACCCAAUACUUACUGGUACAGAGGCCGUGACACAGCAGGCUCCUUUCUAAAGAUUUUACAGAUUUAAAGCUUCUGAAUGUAACGCGUUGGGUAUUUUUCAACCUGGACACUACGGUCACAUGUUUUUGCGACUAAUGGAGACAACGGUUUUGACAUUAGUUGAGUAGGGAGCGUUAUGGGUAGAGCUGCAAAGGUUAAUCAAUCAGUUUAAAUAAUAAAUCGAUCAUCAACUGUUGUGAUAAUCCAUCAGUCAGUUUGAGAAGGUAAUGGUAUGCUUCCAUCUUCCUAAAGUCAAAUACCUUUCUGUAUCUUUGCUACAUUAACAACAGUAACUGAAUAUCAUUGAGGUGAGGACAAAACAAGACAUUUCCUAUUCUAGAAGAUGUUAGUGGCAGCCCUACUGCAUUAUCCUCUCAGGCCAUUCGGUUUGUGUUGACUCUGACAGGCUCAGGUUGGUAUUCUCAGUGUCUAUCAACAAUUUGGAAGGAGCCUGUAGAGAAAUAUAAACUAUUCCUUUCCCUUGAUGCACUCUGUUGUGUCUAACAAAGUCUUUACUUUCUGAAUUCUCAUGUUGCAUCCACGUUGUUGAAAUCAGCUCAUGUUUUUUAGAUUACACUACAUUUCUACAAGUCACAGGACACAGUAACAAACAGAGACAACUUGUACAGGGAAAGAAAGAUACUUUCUCCUCCUUAGGAGACUUUCCAUAAGGCUGUCAGACACUUUGAGCCUCUCUGUGACAGAAACCGACUUUUCAAAACUAGCAUUGUUUUCGUUGUGGAUUAAACUAUAGAUUAUAAUGAUGAAUCAAUAGUUUGGACUAUAAAGUGUCCGAGAAGUGAAAAAUGUUGACCAAAUGUGUUGUUUUGUCCACAGCUCAAAAUGUUCACUUCACUGUCAAGAGAGGAAUAGAGAAACUAGAAAAUAUUGAUAUUUACAGAACUGGAAUCAGAGUAUUUCGACUUUAUUUUCUCACAAGAAAUGACUCAGACCGAUUAAUCGAGUUAGAAAUACUUUUAAUGGUUAACAAAUAAAGCAUUCAUCUGUGCAGCCCGAAUACAGAAGCCCUGAAUACUGGACUAAUUAUAAAAAUGCUGCUCCCAAUUGUAAUUUCUAACUUAGACAAAAGCAUGAGGGAUGUAGGGUCUAGUUAGAAAAAUACAGAAGUUAGCUUAUAAAUAAAUAUAUUUACAUGAACACUUGAUACGCUCAUUGCUGAUUGGAAUAAGACCAAACCAAUGUGAAUCCUUAAUAAAUAAUAUCGUAUAUAAUUGAAUGUAUUGUAAUAUUAAUAAUAUCACUAAUGUUGAUUUCAAUAUGUUUCCAUUUAUCAAGCAAAGAUCAUUUGAUGUGAAAAUGUGACAUUUUGCUGCUUGUUUAAUUUUACAUUAUGGUAUAUUUAAUUACAUAUUUUUGUUUCAUAAAAUAAAAAAAAGAUUUGAAAGGAAUACCAACAACAUUUCAAGAUAAGAUGAACCGAAUUAUCCCUAGGGCUGAAAGGGGUUGAUGCAGCAUGAGUACAACUGUAGUGCAGAUAAAAAGAGAAUCAUUUAGUACUGUAUAUGAUUGGCCAGAACAUUUGGAGACAAAAAAAUAGAUCAGUGUCCUUGAUUUGCAGUUUUUAGACUGCACCCUUAAUCAAUUUUAUAAUAAAAGAAUGUAGUCAAUAUUCAAAACCAGAAAAAAUAGUUGGUUGCAUCCAUUUUGCCCUUUUUUGUCUAUUACUGGAACAAAAUUGUAAUCCGAAAAAUAAAUAAAUAUAAAAGUUCCUCAAAUAACAUAUUUAUAAAUGGCUUAUUAGGGCCAUACAUUAAAAACAUUGGGAGAGUGGUUCAAUAUUCAGAGAAAAAAGUCACAAUUUCAGAGAUUAAAUUCCCAAAUUUACAAGAUACCAGAAGAAAUUGUUGUAAAUUUGUGAGAAAACAAAACAAAUGUGAUCUGUAGAAAAGACAAUGUACCACUUUAAUCUAAAUCCCCCCAAAAAUGUUUCUUCUCGCAAAUGUAUGACAAAGAUUAUUGACAUCUUGUAGUUUAACCACUUUCACCUAAGAGAAAUUAUAUAUUUUUAUUGAUAUUUUCUUGUAUAUUCAACCAUUUCUUCCCAGUAUAUCUCGCCCUGCACUGUAACGAUUAUUUUAGCAUGGCCCUGACACGCCGCCUCGCACAAGGCGUCCUUAAAUUGUAGUUUUUUUCAGUGGAGUUUGGUUUGGCGUUACACAGCAGAGUAAUGUAAUGUUUUGGGUCUAAGUGGCACAUAAACCGGAGCAGGCAGGAAACCUUUACCUCAGUCACACUCAGCAGCAGCUGCUCUCAGUUAAUGUCUCCCUCUCUCUUUCUCUCUCUCGCUUUUCUCCCUGACGCAAAAGAGAAACUAUUGAUAAUACCAAUAACAAUAAUUAUUGAUGGAAAUAAUAAUGAUGUUGAUGAUAAUAAUAACGGUCCGAAUAAUAGUAUUAAUUUUAUUUGUUUUUAAGACACCUUUUUAUUUUUAUUUUGUAUGCUUACUCCAUGUAACACUUGUUCCGACUCCAUCUUGUAAUUGAGACUGUGUUUGUGCCUUUUUUUAAUUUUUGGGAUAAAAAGAAGGAAAAAAAAGUAUAUAUAAGAUUUGAAUUCCUCGUUCUUAAGGCUACUUUCUUUUCAUGCUGUCCUCUCCUCCUCAACCUCAUUCUCGAUUCAUCAAGGGUUAAAAAAAAAAAAAUACAAUUAGCAGAAAAAUGUCAAUGAGAAUACCUACUUUUUCUACUUGUGCCUUUCUGUGUCUGUCGUCAUCGGCCUGCGUUCGUGUCGCUCUGUCUUCAUCGUUCAGUUUAGAGCUUUGCCCGUUUCUUUAUCCACCACAUAAACCACCCAGUCAUUUCUACCUGUCUUUUUUUUUUUUUUUUGCUCAUGUAUUUGUCUAUAUGCACCUUUUCCCCCUCCCAGUGUCCCCCCUUCCCCACCCUUAAUCAUCAUGUUCAGUGUCCUUUUCUCAGUUUCAAAACUCUUUGUGCCUUUCUCUGUCUCUUUUCUCUCUUUGCUGGGACCGUGUGUUGAGGGCGGGCAGCGUCGUCUGUCCUCCCUGUGUGGUUAGUUUCAGGUACUACAUUGAAUUUAAUGAUAUAAUAUAAAUAUAGUGAAACAUAGAAUUGGUGUGGUCUUUUCUUCCUGUCACCUUUAAAUGCUGUUUCUAGUAAAUCACUUACACUGCUAGGGCUGUAGCAGAUGUUUGUGAAGCAUUUUGAAUUGAAUUCACCAUUUAUUAUUUUCUUUUGUUUUUUUGUGCAAAAAAUGUUAACUAUAUGUUACUAUACACAUUAUGAUAUUAGUUCAAUUAAAUUACAGUGGUGGCUGCAAAUAAUUGUUUAACACCUUUCUAAUAACCCCAAA